GUUAAGUAUUUUAAUGUUAAUUAGUUGUUUAAUCGAUACAAUUGCAAUUAGUAGCUGUUUGUCGGAAAUAAGUCGUUUAUCCGGUUAGCGGUGUCUAAGACCAAUAUCCCCAUAACCUAACAAUGCUGUGCUUGGCGACUCGUAAAUGUUAGUUAAAUCGAAGAGAAAUGAUCGAGUACCAACAAAUUGUUAUUGAUCGAUCCAAAAUACGUUUUUACCGAACCAAGACGACAGGUAUACAAGAUGAAUUAUACAUACCCACUUACAAAACACUUCUUCCUGCUUGCAGUAAAUCCUGUGUCCACAGCUAACGCGUGGUCGACUUUGGCUGUAUUUGGUUUUCCUCAGUUGCGUGUUUGGCGUUUAUGCACACGUUACUCGGCAGUAAAAUCAAACGGUUUAAUUUUCAUGGUAGACAAUUAGAUGUGGUUCGUUGGAUGCGAAACGCGCAUUAAAUAAGCGCCUAGUGGGAGGCGCGUCCACACGAUCAAGACACCGUUGCCUUCGAGACAAAACUGCAGAGGACCACGCUCACUAUAGUCACAAUCAUUACAUACCCUACGACACCAAACCGAUUGAGCGAUUUUGUGGACCCAACGUGUAUCUGCUCCAAGUCUGCAUGUGUCAAGUCGACCGCGAGGAUAGCUGUUAAUAUUAUUUGCAGCGUCAUGAACGCCAUGCACGUCAGGCAUCAGAUUUGCCUAGCGGUUAUUGUUACAACCUUAGUGGUGUUCGAGUUAAUUGUUCCAAUAAAAUCAAUUAAAACGUCCAGUGAGAACACGCAUGAUUUAGAGCUACAAAAAUCUUUCGAAACCAUUAAAUCGUCGAUAGACUCAAAAGCAUCAGCAAAUGGUCAGUUUGGAUCUUUUUUUUCUGCCAAACAAGCAAAGUUACCUAAUCCUGAAUUUGCUCGACUACAAGAAGAUAUUGAUACGCAUAUGACUAAUGUGGACUUUAAUUUUGAUCCUGCUGACUUUGAACAAAUCGAUUUGCCUCAGGAACAAUCUAUACAACCCAAAAAGUUGCUAACCUUCGAACCACUGAGACCUUUCAACUAUUUUCCCGCUCAAACCUCAAAUUACAACCCCAAUUUCAAUGAUGAACUGCCCGAACACCAAGACGAUGGAGGAGAUGGCGAUGACGGAGGUGGUGAUGGAGGUGAUGGCGGUGGUGGGGAUGGCGGAGAUGGUGGUGGUGGAGGAGGCAAUGGUGGUGGUGGCGGUGGAGGCAGUGGCGGGGGUGGUAGUCGACGGGAUGACGAAGAUGAACAAUCGUUUGUGCAACAACAGUCCAUUGAAUUAGACUACGAUAGUUUAGAACCUCAAAACGCAAACGGUUGGAGACCUAUUCACCCAAACUACGGAUCGUUAAGGCCGCGAUUUGAACAACCCCGAAAAAAGCUCGCACCAAAAAAAAUUUCUGGAUACGGAGCUCAUCAAAUACCGGUGACCGAGGGUAAUAGUUAUUACCAAAAUCCUCAAUCGCAGCGUUUGACAUUCAAGCAAAGACAACCACAAAGUUUCGACAACAUACCCUAUUCACCAUAUGAUGUGGAGGAAAGAAGACCGUUAAGAGUGUACAAAGAAGAUACUCAACCGUUGAGACAAAAGGAACCCGCCUAG